AGAAAUCACUUCUUAUCUUCCUGCUUCCCCUGUUUUCUCUGAACCUUGCCGCCGAGGAGCAGCCAUUUCCGGCAACACCAUCCGAACCGGAGGAAGCGUCAUAUUGCAAUUCAAUGGCAAGAACUCUCUGUUCUUCUUCGUUAUUCUCAGCUCCCAUUCUUUCUCCCACAGUACCCGCUAAACCAAAGCUUCGAAUUUCAAGUUUUGAAUUUCUUUCUUCCUCUUCUCCCUCUUUUCCUUCUUCUUCUUCUUCUUAUCCAUCUUUUAAGCUCCCAAAGGGUUGCGGCGAUGGUGCUUUGUCGACGCACGCUUGUUCGACCUCGCCUUUCAUCGGAAGAGUUGGGUGGCACCGAAGGAAAGGAAAUGCUUCCUUGCUUUCUUUUUCCAUUGAUUCGACUUCUGUAGCUGACGUGGGCAAAAGGGAUUGGUCCCAGGUUUUGUCAUCGAUGCUUCCGUUUGUUGUUCUUGCCACUGCAAUUGCCGCUUUGGCUCAACCUUCUACUUUUACAUGGGUAUCCAAAGAGUUAUAUGCCCCUGCUCUUGGUGGGAUUAUGUUGUCUAUUGGAAUAAAACUUUCCCUAGAUGAUUUUGCUCUUGCAUUUAAAAGACCUGUACCACUUUCCAUUGGGUUCAUUGCACAAUAUGUGCUAAAACCUAUUCUUGGUGUCCUGAUCGCAAAGGCGUUUGGCAUGCCAAGGGUGUUUUAUGCAGGAUUUGUCCUCACUGCUUGUGUUUCAGGGGCUCAGCUAUCUAGCUAUGCAAGCUUUCUAAGCAAAGGGGAUAUUGCACUCAGCAUUCUCCUUACAAGCUGUACCACAAUUGCAUCGGUUCUUUUAACUCCUCUAUUAACAGGUCUUAUCAUUGGAUCCGUAGUUCCUGUUGAUGCAGUUGCCAUGUCAAAGUCAAUACUACAGGUUGUUCUUGUUCCAGUUACUCUUGGACUUCUGCUCAAUACAUAUGCAAAGCCAGUUGUAUCUGUUCUUCAACCUGUGAUGCCCUUCGUUGCAAUGAUAUGUACUUCGAUGUGCAUUGGGAGCCCGCUUGCUAUAAAUCAGAGUCAAAUUCUAUCCGGAGAAGGUCUUCAGUUAGUUUUUCCUAUACUGAUAUUUCAUGCCGCUGCCUUCACUUUAGGAUAUUGGAUCUCAAACAUUCCAACAUUGAGGCAAGGUGAAGAGGUAAGCCGAACGAUUUCGCUAUGCACAGGAAUGCAAAGCUCCACACUUGCUGGUCUUCUUGCAACUCAGUUCUUAGGAAGUAGUCAGGCAGUUCCGUCUGCAUGCUCCGUGGUAGCCAUGGCUAUAAUGGGUCUCUGUCUUGCCUCUUUUUGGGGAAAUGGCUUCAGAAUGAGAGACCUUCCAUCAUUACUUCCUCUGAAACCCAAUUCUGCUUUGAAGGAUUAAGUUUUGUUAGUUGCAGUUAAAGGCUUGGUCAAGUCAGCCCGAUAGAGCUUAGCUAAUUUAUAGUUUUUAGCGAUGUUUAGGACUGCUAGUGAUAGAGAAAGCUAUUGAAUUGUUGACAAGGUCAUUCAUAUAUGAACGUGCCAGAAAAUAGGUUGAAUAGCAACAUAAUAUACGCAUGAUCAGAGCUGAAAUUAUAUAGGAAUGAAUGUAUACUUGUAGAGAAGGCCACCUUUUUGUUAUUUAGCUGCAUAUACUUAUUCCUGUACAGACCCGAAUCAUAUUAUUUAUGAAUACAUAACACAAUUUUGGGCUCU